AUGUAUAAUUUCAGCUACUCUGUAGAGUAUGAACAACAAAGGCUUACAGGGUGGAAAGAGAAUGCGGAGGGAAUGGCAGCUUGCAUACAGGGUCAGGAGGAAAUUAAGCAAAAUGCUAGCGCCGAUGAUGCUCCGCUAGGGAAGGUGCUGGACGUACAGCAUCACAUUGAGACAAGUGAUGAGGCUUCCAGCAAGAUCAGCUCGCUCGAUCUUGAAAGAAAAACUCCCCGACCAUUCAGCAGCAGAUCUCCCUGUAACGCAGCCGUAGUGACCCAGGAUCCACUGGAAUCGAUUACACUCUUUUCCAUCGGUGUUCCGGCAGACAGCAUGUCCUUGGAGCGCAGCAGAAGCCAGUCUCCCGACUCCCCGAGGAAGAGACAAGGGGAGACCCUCGAGGAGCAGAACCCCAAAGACGACUAUGAAUGGAAAAGGGGAAUGUGUCCUAAUCAUUUGGUCUGGACUCCUUCGGACACAUACACCUUAGCCAAUCAAUCUCAUUAUAGAGAAAUAGGGGACGUGGAAAGGACGGUACACUGGGAAGACUACAAAAAAGAUGAAGAGGAAGGGAGGCCAAUUAGCUAUCCUAUUGAAAAAUGGCAUCGCAGCCGACUAGAGGAUGGUACCGAAGGGCUGUGGAUUGGCCUUCCUGAGUUAUACCACAAUUGGUAUGGGAAUGUCACCUACAAAAUCAUCUUCGGAGAUUUUUUCAAGGAGUUUAUUGCUUCUGGAAAAUACAAAGUUUACUUCCUUGAGGUUGUUCAGUACAGUACCAAGUGCAUGAGCCGUUUUCUGUUGACAAAGGAAAACCAAAAAACAACAUACUCGGAAUACGACUGGACGAAGAACGGAGGACCCUGGCGCUACGCGAAUGACAAGCACGAGUACAGCCAAACAAUAAGGGUGAUGAACGCCUGCGCUGAAGAAGGCGAUAGAGACAACACCUUAGAAUUUUUCUUCCAGGUACAAGAGGAAGACAUCCCGACACUCAACGCAUUGAUCAGAAAGGAGCCGGCGCCGCACGAGAGUGCCAAUGAUGAAGGCGUUCCUCACGUGUGCCACAAAUUCAAGUCCGCCGGAAGGAACAAAAAAUGCCCGUCUGCCUGGACAAAAGAACAAACUCGGGAGCGAAUGGAUCAGCUGUAGGAGAAAUGCACCGAUAUCAAGAAAUGACUGAUUCCAUGAAAGAUUUUGGAAAGCCUUUUUCCAACCAUACACACACAAACGCGCGCGCACACAUACACAAGCACGCAUGCACGCACACAUGCAUGUGUGUGUGUGUGUGUGUGUGUGUGUGUGUGUGUGUGUGUGUGUGUGUGUGUGUGUGUGUGUGUGUGUGUGUGUGUGUGUGU